CCUCUAGCACCUCUCAGCCAACUGAAGAGGUGUAUAAGAUAAACUUUAUAUUUCCAAAUGGAGUCAAGUAUGAUGGUGAUUGUACAAGAACACCUUCUGGAAUCAUUGAGAGAAAUGGAGUAGGUAUUCAUACAACUCCUAAUGGGAUUGUCUAUACAGGAAGCUGGAAAGACGACAAGAUGAAUGGUUUUGGAAGACUUGAACAUGUUUCAGGAGCAGUGUAUGAAGGACAUUUUAAGGACAAUAUGUUUCAUGUACUUGGGACUUAUACAUUCCCAACAGGGGAAAAGUACAUUGGAAAUUUCAAUGAAAAUAGGGUGGAAGGUGAAGGGCAAUAUACUGAUAUCCAAGGACUAGAAUGGUGUGGUAACUUUCAUUUCACAGCUGCUCCAGACCUGAAACUAAAGCUCCACAUGUAGAUUUUUUACAUUAUAGUUGUAAUGUGGCAAUUGAAGUGUUUAAUUGUAAGGAAAACAAAUCUGUCAUAUAAAACAACUUCAUGCACUACUACCACUAUAUUAUAAUAUUGCCAAUAA